ACUUUUAGCUGUAGAGAUUUCAUUUGAUUAAUGGUUGAGCUGGCGUUUCCGACGUCAGGGGGAUCUUGCCUCUAAACUUUCUAUGCACUAAUCCUCACGCCACAAACUCUUUUUUUCUUCUUCUUCUUCUUCUUCUUCUUCAUUUCUCCACCCAUUUCCAUGUUUCUCCUUUCCCCCUAAUUCCCUUCUUCCAUUUUCCUUUUCCAAUGUCUACAGCAAAGCUUCUUCGCCAUAUCCCUGACCCCAUCGAUGAAAAUCAUGACAACAACCGUGAAAUUGACCCCUCUGACAGGCUUGUCGGAUCGCCCUUCGCCGAAGAUAGAGAUUCUGUUUCCCUUACUCUUGGCGAGCCACUCUUGCGUACUAGUACCGCCAGGAUCAGUACUACCUCCCAGCUUGCCAUUGUUGGUUCUAAUAUCUGUCCUAUUGAGAGCCUCGACUACGAGAUUAUUGAGAAUGAACUUUUCAAGCAGGAUUGGAGGUCCAGAAGAAAAAUUGAGAUAUUUCAGUAUAUCAUUCUCAAAUGGGCGUUGUGCCUUUGCAUUGGUUUAAUUACAGGGCUUGUUGGCUUCUUCAAUAACAUAGCUGUUGAGAACAUUGCUGGUCACAAACUUCUCUUAACAAAUAAUCUCAUGCUCAAGGAAAAGUACUUUCAGGCAUUUGUAGUAUACGUUGGUUCCAAUAGUGUGUUAGCUGUUGCUGCUGCAAUCCUCUGUGCCUAUAUUGCCCCUGCUGCUGCAGGUUCUGGCAUACCUGAGGUGAAAGCAUACCUCAACGGUAUAGAUGCUUAUUCUAUAUUGGCUCCAAGCACCUUAUUUGUGAAGAUUUUUGGUUCCAUAUUUGCUGUUGCCGGGGGAUUUGUUGUGGGUAAGGAAGGGCCCAUGGUUCAUACUGGUGCAUGCAUUGCCUCAUUACUGGGACAAGGAGGCUCUCGCAAAUAUCGGUUGACUUGGAAGUGGCUCAGAUAUUUUAAAAAUGAUAGGGACAGGCGGGAUUUAAUCACUUGUGGUGCAGCAGCUGGUGUAGCAGCUGCCUUUCGGGCUCCAGUGGGUGGCGUUCUCUUUGCACUUGAAGAGGCAGCUUCAUGGUGGAGGAGUGCUCUUCUCUGGAGGACCUUUUUCACGACUGCUGUAGUAGCUGUUGUCUUAAGGAGUUUCAUGGAAUUUUGCCGAGGGGGACAAUGUGGGUUAUUUGGCGAAGGGGGUCUCAUCAUGUUCAAGAUCAAUACUGAAAACUCCACUUAUGGUACCCCAGAUCUUAUUGCAAUUGUUUUACUUGGAGUUAUUGGCGGUGUGUUUGGAAGCCUUUACAACUACCUCGUGGAUAAGGUUCUCCGAACCUACAGCAUCAUAAAUGAGAGAGGUCCCGGCACGAAACUUAUCCUUGUUGUUGCCGUUUCCAUAUUGACAACUUGUGUCUCAUUUGGUCUUCCUUGGUUAUCACAAUGUUUACCAUGCCCAACUGACUUGGAUGAUCAAUGCCCAACCGUUGGUCGCUCAGGAAACUACAAGAACUUCCAAUGCCCACCUGGCCAUUAUAAUGAUCUUGCUUCUUUAUUUUUCAAUACCAAUGAUGAUGCCAUCCGAAACCUGUUCACAUCUGCUAAUGACAAGCACUUUCAGCUCUCCUCACUAUUUGUCUUCUUUGUUUCUAUCUAUUGUCUUGGCAUUAUUACUUAUGGCAUUGCUGUGCCUUCUGGGCUCUUCAUUCCUGUUAUUCUGGCCGGGGCCUCUUAUGGUCGCAUUGUAGGGAGAUUAUUUGGUUCAGUUGCUACUCUUGAUGUCAGUCUCUAUGCCCUUCUCGGAGCUGCAUCCUUCCUUGGUGGCACUAUGAGAAUGACUGUUUCUCUCUGUGUCAUACUCCUUGAGCUUACUAAUAACCUUUUGAUGCUCCCAUUACUAAUGUUGGUUCUUCUAAUUUCAAAGUCGGUGGCAGAUAUUUUUAAUAAAGGUGUCUAUGAUCAGAUUGUGAAGAUGAAAGGACUACCUUUUAUGGAAGCCCAUGCAGAACCAUUUAUGAGGCAAUUGGUCGCUGGUGGUGUGGCUUCUGGUCCCUUAAUUACGUUUUCUGGGAUCGAAAAGGUCGAUAACAUUGUCCAUGCUUUGAAAAUGACAAACCACAAUGGGUUUCCUGUAAUUGAUGAACCGCCUUUCUCAGAUAGUUCAGAGCUUUGUGGGCUUGUUCUGAGGUCUCAUCUACUUGUUUUGCUUAGAGAAAAAAAAUUUACUAAGAAAAAGGUGUCACUUAGAUCAGAAAUUUGGAGGGGCUUCAAAGCACAUGAUUUUGCAAAACCAGGUUCUGGCAAAGGGGUGAAACUGGAAGAUUUGGAAUUCAACGAGGAGGAGCUGGAAAUGUUUGUUGAUCUUCAUCCCAUUACAAACACGUCACCCUACACAGUUGUAGAAUCAAUGUCACUAGCCAAAGCCGCAAUUCUCUUUCAUGCACUGGGCUUGAGGCACUUGUUGGUGGUUCCAAAGACACCUGGGAGGCCUCCUAUUGCUGGAAUUCUUACACGACACGACUUCAUGCCGGAGCAUAUUCUGGGACUUUACCCGCAUCUCAACCCCCACAAGUAGAAUAAUGCAAGGUUCUUUCCAUAUUACUUUCCCUUCUGUUGAGUUCUUAUCUCGUGAGGAUAAAUUUGCUUCUUUUUUCCGUGUCCAUACCAUUUCUUUUGGAAUUUUUGAAGUGCUGUAGGAGAAAAAUCUGUGAUGUGAAGUACACAAAACACACCUGCAUGAACAGGAACUAUUUACAUUUUUACAUGUCAAUAUCAGCUCAUUCAAUUAUUAUUUAAUCUUCCCCUGUUUAGGUUGAUGCUCUUGAGAAUAAAGUGGUGUGUAAUAUAUAAUCCUAUUUUUCAAGCGAACUAUUAAAAUUUCUUUAAUAGAUUGAACCCUUUUAUUUGUCCA